AUGAGGGGCGGUCUGUUAUUGUUGUUGCCCUUGUUGGCAUUGCAGAGUUCGUUCGCUCUGAAGAAUCUGGAAGAACCCAGAUGGAAAUCGUUCUUGGACGCCAAGCUGGAAUGUGCCGACUAUCUGUUCAUUACCGGCGAAACUCUCGACCGGUACGAAAGCAACGGAUAUCCGGACGAGCCAAGUGUUCGCAAGCUGCUCAACUGUAUCGCAGUCAAUCUGAACGCCUGGGAUGAGGAACAUCAACGGGUUAAGGACUUCGUAUUCAAUCAGUACUUCGUUCCAAACACAGUCGACUGUCUGUACAAAUUACAUACGCAGCAAUGCUUAGCCCAAAAUGUAGAUACACUUGAUAAGCGAGAUCGCUUGGGCCGUGCUUAUCAUUCAUUCAAGUGCUACUACAAGCACUACGCUGGAAUUAAAAAUGAAGUGAAGUGGGUGCCCUAUCACUAUAGCGAAGUGGUUCAAACGCUAGAGGAUUGUAUGUACAUCACCAAUCCAUCCAAAUGUGAUCUUCUGCAAUACUGUCAGGGGCAAUUUACAGCAAACCCGAACUACCCAAAUAUGGCGUACUGCUUUUUCGUACGAACUGGAUUCUACAACAGAUCGAUUGGCUUCGACUUGAACAAGCUGUACGUCCAGUUCGGAGACGACGAUUUGAUCGAUGAUGACACCGAAGAGUGCAUCACCGGAAUCGUCGAUCAGUACUGCAAGGAACCGGAACGAUUGGUGCAUCUCGUCCUGGACUGUUUGGUCCAAUAUUUUCCAGCGGCUGUUUCGAUUGCCGAAGCCGCUAACAACAUAUUGGGAAACCCUCCGGAAUGUGGAAUCCCUCCGAGUCCACCACCAAAGACGCAACCAUGCUACAAUGCGCCAUGUCCGUGA